UGAUGUAAGCAGCUCAGAAUAGAACAAUAGAAAGGUUAUAUGAACUGCUUAGGAAAGACCCCUUUGUACUUGACAAAGCUGAUCAGCAGUUCAGAGAGAAUCCAUUACAUGUCGCCGCGUCGCAUAACAAUGCACUCUUUGCAGCUGAAAUUGCAAACCUGAAGCCUUCAUUAGCUAAAAGGCUAAACCAAGAUGGAUGGAGUCCUCUACACAUAGCUGCUGAAAAUGGACACAUAGAAACUGUGAAGAAGCUCUUGAAAGUAGACAAGGAACUCUGCUUCAUCAAAGGAAGGGAGAUGAUGGUGCCUCUUCACUGUGCAGCAAAAUCUGGAGAUCAUAGGAGUGAAGAGGUUAUACAGGAAUUACUCUCUGCUUGCCCCAAGUGUAUCACAGCAUUAACUACCCAAAAUGAGACAGCUCUUCACACUGCUGUAAAGAGUGGUAGUUCCAAAAACUUUGAAGCACUUGUGAAAUGGAUCAAAAAACAAUGGGGCUACAACAUUCUAAGCUGGAAAGACCAAGAAGGCAACACCAUCUUGCACCUUGCAACAUCAGAAAGAAAACCUGAGAUUGUAGAGCUGCUGCUUUGUAAGUAUGGCUACUUUGUUAGAAAGGCUGCAAAGAUAAACACAACAAACAACAGCGGAAAGACAGCCUUGGAUGUCUUAACCGAGACUCAAACUGGAUCAUUCUGUAAUGGAACCAGAGCUAAUGAAUCUCAAACACAACCACUUCAGGAGAUCAUCACUGAUAAGGUUCAGGGAGAUGAAGAUGAAAGAGAAGUGCAGAACAAAAUACGAAAGAUCCUUCGAAGCGCAGGUGGAAAGAGUGCUGAAGAUAAUUGUUGCACAUUUUGGCAGAAGAAAGAUUCUAAAAAGAAAAGGGCUUUAGAUUCUGGAAUCAAAUGGUUGCUCAAGAUCCCAAAUUUCCUAAGUUUCAAGGUAGAUAACGACACUCCAAGCGACACUCGCAAUGCUCUGUUAGUGAUUUUAAUUCUGAUUGUGACGGUAACGUAUACAACCGGAAUCAACCCUCCAGGAGGCCUUUGGCAAGAUGAUUACAAACCCAACAAUGAUGGAAGCAAUAGCCCCCAGAAACCACACACUGCAGGAACAUCAAUUUGGUUUGAUUAUAACCCAGACUCUUUUGUAGUUCUAAUGCUUUGUAACUAUGCAGGGUUUCUUGUUUCUGUUGUCCUGGUUUUCAAUCUCACAGAGGGAUAUUCUUUAAGAGGUCCGAUUUUAAUAGCUAUGCUCUUUAUGUUGAUUACCUAUGGAUUGUCGAUUCGACUUCUGUUUCUGGGUAAGGGUGCUCUGGCAGUGUUGAUCAAUGGAAUGAUAUUGACUAUUCCAUUACCUUUGGCAUUAGUCCUUUUGGUUGCUACUGCAAAUUGGAUAUGAGAGAUUAAGGUGUAGCCUUAAUAAUUUCUUGCCUCUUUAUAACAGUUCUGAUUGAGAACAUAUACCUGUUGUUCAUUUGA